AUGUCGAAUGAAAUGGAAGUCGACCCGCCUGUCGCCCAGGACGAUGGUCCUGCGGAGUCUGGCCGCGUCGAGCCUCGAACCCAGUCCGGCGCCGUCGCCGUGCGCAGUAUUGAGGGGUGGAUUGUGAUUGUGUCGAACAUCCACGAGGAAGCUUCAGAGGAGGACAUCACCGAUCUCUUCGCCGAGUACGGCGAGAUCAAGAACUUCAGCUUGAACCUGGACCGCCGGACAGGUUAUGUCAAGGGAUACGCAUUGAUUGAAUACUCGACCCUUCCUGAGGCCUCCGAGGCCAUCAAGAACCUGGAUGGCACGAAGCUCCUUGAGCAGACGCUCCAUGUCGACUACGCUUUCGUCCGCCCUCCCCCAUCUGGCAAGGGCAAGGGUGAGGGCAAGGGUGGAGGCCAGAAGGGUGGUCGGGGCGGCGCUCCUCGGAAUCGCAGCCGUAGCCCCGGUCGCAGUCGCAGCCCCGGAGGCGAUCGAGACUAA